AUGGAGAACAUCUUGCAUGUCAUUUUGCCACGAGAGGAGGACAACGGUUACUCCCGUGGCCGGCGAGCUUUGGUCGUCACAGCAGUGUUGACGGGUAUCGCUGCUCUCAUCGUUGGAAUGCGAUUAUUUGCACGCCUCGGUUUGAUGAAAGUCACCGGGCGUGAAGACUGGGCUAUUCUAGUCUCUCUGAUUUUCUCCAUCAUAUACCUCUCUCUCGUCGGUGCUCAAUUCCAUUUUGGAAUGGGCAUCCACCAAGAUCACCUUUCGACUGCCACACUCCAGUCCCAAUUGAAGUGUCUUUGGGCGGCUAUCCCCAUGUACAAUGCUAGUCUGGCGUUCACCAAAUUUUCCAUCCUUUUCCAAUAUCUUCGCAUAUUUCCUUCACGCUCUUUCCGACUCGCAUGUUAUGUUAUGAUGGCCGUCGUUGCAACCUACUCAUCCUGGGCCAUUGUUACUGGCUACGUCAACUGCGUGCCUGUGGCCAAGUUUUGGAACCAUGAUCUGCCCGGAGGCUGUCUUAGCUUCGAGGCCGUAUGGUUCUUCAAUGCCUCGAUGAACAUCGCAACAGAUGUGACACUCCUUCUGAUGCCAAUGCCACUGCUUAUCAAGUUGCAAUUGCCGAAAAUGCAAAAAGUUGCCUUGAUGGGCGUAUUUGCCAUGGGAAUUCUUGUGGUGAUAACAAGUAUCCUGCGUCUUUCAAGCCUUCGCAUCGUCGCUAAAAGCGCAGACACAUCCUAUAGCAAUGUCGACGCUGCUUACUGGACUGCAGCAGAAUGCAAUGUGGCUAUCAUCUGCUCAUGCCUGCCCUUCCUCCGACCCCUAGUCAGCCGUAUCUUCCCGAAGCUUCUUUCUACUAACAAUUACAAUCGGUACACCACGAAUCCGGGGCGUAGCACUACUCGCAACAUCACGGCCGCCCGCUCACCUCAGACUGAAUUUUUCAGCCAGAACAUGGACAAAGAUUUCGAUAUGUAUUCGAUCAAUGUCAAGCGUGGCGAUCGCUCAAGUCGCAGCUCCUUCGGUGGUAUUGAAGUUACUACGGAGAUGACCGUCAUGCAAGAGAGCAAGCACGAUGAGACUGUUAGUGAACGGCGUCUUGUGAUGGAUCAAUCAUGA